UUUGCAAACAAAUAAAUUUUCGUUUCUACUUUCAUAAAUUCUUAUUGUCAAUCUUUUUGUGCACAUUUUCAAAGUCCACUGAUUUCAAUUUAUCAACACUAGAAAUACUCAUGAGAAUCGCCCGAAUCGAGAUAGAAAGUAUGUUUCACCUCGACCAUCUGGGGAUGGAGAUGAUUUGGAACAACUGACGUGGUUAAUAGCCAGUGGAUUUUACAUGUACAGUCAACUCUAUCGUACGAGUGUAAUUAUGCUGAAUGUUUCAUGAAAAACAGAGUUGACAGCUUGAUUAGACAGAGUAUUUCCCACAAAUAAUUCGACAAUACCGUUGAGACAUCACGAACAAUCAGUAAAAAUGGUUUUAUUCACGAUGAUUGCAAGGAUAGCAGAUGGUUUGCCACUGGCAGCUACCAUGCAGGAGGACGAGCAGAGUGGAAAGAGCAUUUUAGAGUAUCAGAAUCAAGCGAAGAUGUUAUUCAGAAAGCUGGGGCCUCAGUCACCUGUCAGAUGCACCAUCGAAACAGGGCCUUAUCUUUUCCACUACUUGAUAGAGAACGACGUGUGCUAUCUCGUCCUGUGCGAGAGAAACUGGAGCAAACGGUUGGCCUACAGUUACCUGGAGGAUAUCGCUCAAGAAUUCCACUCCCAAUAUGGAAAACGUGUUAAUACUGUCACUCGACCUUAUACGUUUAUUGAAUUUGAUACUUAUAUUCAAAAAGCGAAGAAAUCGUACUCGGAUGGACGAUCCAGAAGGAAUAUGAAUGCACUGAAUAGUCAAUUGCAGGAUGUACAGAGAAUUAUGGUUCAGAAUAUUGAUGAUGUCUUGCAGAGGGGUACAGUACUAUCAGAACUUGAUACGAAGACCCAAAAUCUCUCGAUGCUCUCCCAGAAAUAUAAAAAAAAUGCAACCUAUCUGAACAUUAAAUCAAUGUACGUGAAGGCAGUCGCUGGUCUAGUUGUAUUCCUUGUCUUCCUCUUGUAUUUCUUCAUUCUUUAGUCUCUCAUAACAUUGGAGAGACUGAAUAUCCGGUAUGUUUAUAUAUUAUUCAAAGAUAUUGGAGAUAUUUGUGAUGUGUGAUGAGCGGGUAAUGGAUGAUCAAUUAAUUUUGCUAUAGCCAAUCAUUAAUACUGGAGACUCAAUUGUAUUUAGUAUUCACGGCAAUUUUGUGGACAGUUAUUGACGAGAAAAUAUGUUUUAAUUAAUAAAAGUGGAAAAUAAACAUGUAAUAAAAUAAUUA